GUUUUGGAACAUUUUUUUUUAAUUUUUUGGAAUAUAAAUAUAAAAUUUCAUCAGAAUUAUUAAAAAUUGUGGAAACAUCAACCACUUAUAAACAACCAGAAAAUUCAAAAAAUUCAAAAUUAACUCAAAAAAAUUAAUAAUUAAAUGUAUUUAAAACAAAAUGUCUGAACAACAACCACAUUACUCAUUACGUUGGAACAAUCAUCAGUCGCAUAUAUUAGGUGCAUUCGAAGCUUUACUACAAGCAUCGGCACUUGUUGACGUUAGCUUAAUGUGUACCAAGAAAACUAUUCGGGCACAUAAAGUUGUACUCAGCGCAUGCUCUCCAUUCUUCCAACAGAUCUUCGCUGAAAAUCCAUGUAAACAUCCAAUUAUUAUCCUCCACGAGUACGAAGAAUGGGAGAUCCAAGCAUUAGUAGAUUUUAUGUAUAAAGGAGAGAUUAGCAUCGAUCAAGAACAAUUAUCUGCCUUAAUUAAAGCUGCAGAUAGUUUACAAAUACGUGGUCUUGCACCACAGGAUGCGCCAGAAGUUAGUAGUAGUCAUCCUCCAACGCCGACAUCAACGAUCAUCGAUACUCCACACGAUGACAGUGCCGGAGAAGAUGAUGAAGAUGGGGACGAAGAUAUGGGUCCUGGAGGAAAUGUAGCAAAAUUACCACAUAUGUCACAUUUAAAUUUUAUUGAAAGUCUGUCAUCGUCGAAUGGCGGUGAUCUGUGUGGAUCACCGUUACCACGACGAAAACAAGCUCGACCACGCAGAAGAUCAGGCGAAUUAACACAUCCUCAAGAUUUAAGUAAUAAGUCAUUAGCGGCGGUACAUCAUCAGUUAUUAUCGUCUGGGUCGAUUGACAAUGAUGAUACUGCAGAGGAUUUGUGUUUGAAAAAAGAACGGUCGUUAACUCCACCACAUUCACCUCCUCCAGGACCAGGACCUGGCCCAAAUCCACAGCAACAUCCUUCGAUGUUACAAAUACCCCCGGUGGUACAAUCAUUACCGGCUGUUCCCGGUGUUAACCAAGCAAUUCCACCUCAGGCGCAUCAUCAUCAACAAAUACAUCCUCCACCACCAAGACCGCCAUCUUCAACGACAAAUCAACAACAAUCGUCACAGCAACAGACAACACAUCAUCAUCAUCCUAGAUUGAAACAAGAAACGUCACCAGAGCCACGAAGUCCGGAACAGCAAAUAGAUUUAAGUACGACAAAUAAGCAAGAUUUUCAUAAUAUGCCACCCAUUCCACCGCAUUUGGUAAAAGAAUUCCAUGGGAUACCACCUCCAAUGCCACCACACCCCCCAGGAAUUGGGUUAGCAUCGGCACCACAUUCACCAAUUCCAUACCCUCCUAUGCCAGCAGUUACAGCGUUGGCGAUAAGUCAACCUCAUAAUAAAUUUUUUGGGCUGGAUUCACCACUGGGAUUAUUUCCACCGGGAUUGGAUGGAUGUAGAAAUCCAUUAUUGGAUUUAACGGACCAUCGAAAUGCACCUCCUGAGUCGCAAAUAUUCACAAAAAAGAAAAUGGGUCGACCAAAAGGUCAACAUUCAGCACCACGAGGGGGUCCACCCCGAUCAUGGACAAAUGCUGAAUUGACUGAAGCAUUGCAACACGUCUGGAAUAAAAAAAUGACAACCAGUCAAGCGUCUCGUAUAUUCGGUAUCCCUUACAAUUCCUUACUAAUGUAUGUACGUGGUAAAUACGGGAAGAGUUUAAAAUUGGAACAAUUAAGAAAAGACUGCACAGGGGGUCCUGGAGGACCACUUGAACUCUUAGGUCUUGGUAGUAACAAUAACAGUCCCGCCGGCAAACCAGGCUCCGAACGGGAUUUACAAAAUUUAAAUGAUUUACAUCAUCCGAAUAACAAUAACCAUCCACGACCACCUAGUUCCGAAUCCGAAAUGAUGCCAAGUCCUGUAUUCAACCAUUUCCCACAUAGUUUUUACCCCGAUUUUGGUUCUGGUUUCCCUAUACCAGUUAGUAUGCUACAUUUAUUACCACAAGCGGAUAAAAAUCGAACCGAAUUAUUUAAUCACAUACAACUCGAGGACGAUGCGAAAAGUGAUCGUUCCAAAGAGAUGUCCGCCGAUGAAGAAUCGGAUAUCUAUCGACCACCCAUCUUAAGUUCGAGAGAUGAUUGUCGCCGGGAAUUACUCCAACAGAAUGGACAAGAAUAAAGCAAUGUUUAAAAAUUUUUAGUUAGGAAUCCUAGAUAAUAAAUUAUUUAACAAAAAAAAAACUGAUCUCAAAAUGGUCUCUUACGUUUUGACGAUCGAUAUACGUUUUU